CCGCUGGACCAAUCCCUUUAGUGCCACGCCCAUCCUAUCUCCGUAAACCAAUGGGAUCAUCCGCAAGGUUGAUGCUAUGAUGAUUUUUUUUUUCAAGCAAGAAAUCUCAGCGCCGCUUGGCAAGAGAUAGUCAUUCACUUUCAUGCAUUUGUUAACGUUCUUUCAAUUUCAAUUUUCUUUAAUUCUGUCGUCUUCAUUUUUCAACAUCGUUCUGCAAGUCAAUCAAUACUCGAUUAUUCAAUAUGCUGAAUGUGUUACGAGCUACGUUAUCAGUGAUGACAAUGAUAGUGACUGAUCGCGUAUGAUAAUUUCCCUAAUUAUUUUUUGUGAAACUAAAAAUUUGUUCAUACAAAAUCGGAUGUCCAUCAACGUUAGUAAAAAAAGAAAAUUAGGUGUGUAAAUAAAAAAUAAAUGUGAUAUUAAUUGCAAGGUUUCAAAAAGUGUGAAAUGUGGAAAAAAAAUUUCUGAAAAUUUCAAAAUUAACAAAAAUCGGUUUCGUUAUCAAAACAUUACGUGUACGAUACGGAUGAUCAAAGUCAUUAAUAAUGGAGGAGGUAGAUACGCGAGUGCCGAUUUCCGGAAGCGGUUCGAAGCAACUAAAAUUCGGAGUAGACCGGAUACUAUCGAAUGAGAUCUCUUCGAAGAAAACAGAUAUCCUCAGGCCACGUCCGCUACAAUACGGCGCCCUUGCAGCUUGUCCCUGUCCCGGAAGUUGCAUGAGGUGCGAGACUCUACGCGUCUGCUCGUCACUUCCGUUGUCACAGUCAUCAAUGACAAUUUCAUCGAGUAAUUACAGUGUACUCGAUACCUACAAUAAUCUGUACAGACCGGCUCCAGUACGUCCAAUACCAGGGGUUGCAGUAUCUUCAUCACCAGGGGUGGGCAACCCUACGGAAAAUGGAGCUAGAAGGAAACGCUCUUGGUCCAGGGCUGUUUUUAGUUCUCUUCAAAGAAAAGGACUGGAGAGACGAUUCUCUUUGCAGAAAUACAUUACGAAGCCUGAUAGAAGACAGUUGGCAGCUACUUUGGGUCUUACCGAUGCGCAAGUCAAAGUGUGGUUUCAAAAUCGCAGAAUGAAGUGGCGUCAUACGAAAGAGGGCGAAAAUGUCACGUCUACCGGUCCAGAUUCGACACAGCAGGAAUCGCCACAGAAAUUGGGUAAAGAGUCCAUCAAAGACUUUAUAGAAAAAAGAAUUCAGAUCGAUGAAGAAGAAGACAUGGAAAUUGAGGUUGAUGUUUAAUAUUUGUAAGAUAAAGACACGUUAUGGAUAUAAAACUAUAGUGUAAGGGACUUGCAAGAUGUGCAAUGGACAAUAGAAAGUGUAGAAAAAUUGCUGAUAUCUUAACGAAGUGCCAUUAUGAAAUUUACAUGAUUAAACGUAAUUGGUAAAAUUGCGUUGAAGUGGUAGCAUAUUUAAUAAAAUCAUAUGUAAUUAUUUAUUUUAAUUAAUGGAGUGACAAUUUACAUUGUUAUUAU